AUGGAAUCAGAAAAGGAACCAUUGUUGCUCCAUUCGCGGCGCAGCAGAGCACAGUCGUACGAGGAGGUGUCGCGGUACAGUGAGGCGGUGACGUGGCGGCGGCUGCGAGCGGUGAUGGCGCUGGUGGUGCUGGUGGUGUGGGCGCUGCUGGCCGCCGCCGCCGCGCUGGCCGCCCACGCGCUCACGUCGCCGCACGGCCGCCCCGCCGCACCGCACCCAUUCGCCGCCCUGCCUCCGCCCGCCCUCGCCCCAUUCGUGCAGCCAGUAUUCGUGUCGAUGGCGCCCUUACUGGCGACCGUCAAAGACCAACACCAGAAACAUUAUAUCUUAGAGGGCACCUCCUCCAUGUCUACAUAA